AUGACAUUGGUCAUCAAUGGAAAAAUGUUCUUCAUCUCCUUUAGGGAACGUGUUUUGUGUCAUGAAAAGGUCACUCGGGACCCUAUUGGUGGAGAAAGGCGUCGCGGGCCCUUCCCCCACGGGCGCGGCGCGGUGGCUUGCCACCGUCGGGCUCAGCGCUGGUCGGCCCGGCUGCGCGUCACUCUGGGUUGCACGCUGCUCGGCCAGGCGCGGCGCUGUAAGGGCGGGGGGCGAUGGCGGCGGGCGUGCUGCGCGGUGGCCUGCGCGGGGCCUUCCUCAUGCAGCAGCAGCGCGGGUGGAGCUCGGGCUCCGGCUCCGGCGCGGACCAGGGAGAGGGAGAGGGAACAGCUGGCGGCUCUGAAGAAACACCACGAGGAAGAAAUCGAUCACCACAAGAAACAGAUAGACCUUUUGCAGAAAGAAAUCGAGCGUCACAAGUACAAGAUCAAGAAGCUUAAAAAUGAUGAUUAAACCGCCGGUGUCUGUUGCGGUUUUCUUCCAUAUGCAGCCAAUGAGUGUUUCUUCGUCGUCGUUGUUGUUGCUGCAUUGAAGACUACAGGCUUUAGCCAACAUAAUCCAGGUUUGCACCAUUAUAAUAUGGACUGCAGAAAAAUCAAAUAAAUAAACUCAAAGAAUCCAA